GCGUGGACGAUUGGAAUUCCGGUUGUUGUUGUUGCCCAGGCCAUGACCAUUUGGCCCUGAAUCAACUUCCACUUCCUGCGGACCUGCCUAGGUUGAAGUCUUUCUCUGCUCAAAACAUCCAAUUGUCCUCUUAGGACGCCUGGGUUAACCCUUCUCUCUCGUUCUGGUGUCCGGAUCGAUUCCGCGACAAUCUGCGCAAACAAGAUGCCUUCCGCUCAGGGUUGCUAUGGGCAGGUGAUCGAGUAUAUCCAAGAUCGCUUGUACCUCGCCUCCUACGAUUCCACCCCCGAUGCUCACACGCCUUUCCCCUAUGCUGCACCGCAGCCCAAGUCGCCUAGUAAACGAUCUAGAGGCCAGCAGACCCCAGGAAGAGACACGUCGAAGAGGCCUGUCUAUUUCACUGUUGAUGACACCCUGCUCUACAAUGCCUUCCAUGCAGACUUCGGUCCUUUCCACAUUGGACACCUCUAUCGUUUUGCCGUGCAUUUCCACGAGAUUCUGGGAGAUCCCGCCAACAGUGACCGCGCAGUGGUGUUUUACAGCAAGACUGAUUCGCGGAGCCGUGCCAACGCUGCUUGUUUGGUGGCGUGCUAUAUGGUCCUGAUCCAGUCCUGGCCCCCGCAUCUGGCUCUUGCCCCAAUCGCUCAGGCGGAUCCCCCAUAUAUGCCUUUCCGCGAUGCUGGAUACAGCCAGGCAGACUUUGUCUUGAGCAUUCAAGAUGUUGUGUACGGCGUCUGGAAGGCCAAGGAAGAAGGUUUAUGUGGAUUGAGGGAGUUCAGCCUGGAAGAGUAUGAGAAAUUUGAACGUGUCGACAUGGGUGACUUUAACUGGAUCACCCCCCAAUUUUUGGCCUUCGCAUCGCCUCAGCACCAGCCGGUAGCGCCCAUCCCGUCAAACACGCCUGAAUAUGCCGCCCUGCCAUCGACCGUCUCUGAAGUUCUCAAUUCGAGACUGCCACUUCCCUUCAAGAACGUACUUGCCCACUUCUCUUCCCGCAAUGUCGGACUGGUAGUGCGAUUGAAUUCGGAGCUGUACUCGCCGUCGUACUUCACUGCAUUGGGAAUCAAUCACAUUGACAUGAUCUUCGAGGACGGUACUUGCCCACCGCUGCCAUUGGUCCGCCGUUUCAUCAAGAUGGCCCACGAAAUGAUCACCAUCAAAAAGAAGGGAAUUGCUGUGCACUGCAAAGCAGGAUUGGGGCGUACUGGAUGCCUUAUCGGGGCGUACCUGAUUUACAGAUAUGGGUUCACUGCGAACGAGAUCAUUGCCUUCAUGCGAUUCAUGCGGCCGGGCAUGGUUGUUGGACCACAGCAGCAUUGGUUGCACCUGAACCAAGGCGCCUUCCGCGAAUGGUGGUUUGAGGACUCAAUGAGGGAGAAGCUGGCUCUUACUAUGCCGGUCACGCCUGGUAGGGCCGCCCCGAAGCAGCGGGCGAGCAACGGACAGACCACCACGCCUCCCAAUGGAAGCCAUUCCAAGCGUGCGGCUCUCGGUGAAAUUGAUCACAACGAAGGAAGCGGUCACCAUGCUGAAGAUAAUCUCCCGGCACCAACGCCUGGACAGCCGCGCAAGUCCCACAGGAAGGACUCCCGGCAUCAUCCAUACGCCCGCAAUGUCUCAGGCGGUAUUACCGUUGAGAAGGAGGUCGAGAGGACGGUUGAGCGCAGCAAGACCAGAUCUCAUCGCCUAAGCAAUGAAGGCAGCGAAAGUGAAGAGGAGAUCCAACUUAGAAUGCUCGCGAAACGCUCUUCCAGGAGCCCUACCGCUUCCCCCACUCAACGCUCCAUCAGCUACUCUGCCACGGUGAGUGCCAGUUAUAUGCUGGCCGACGAAAUACAUGAGGACCGUGAGAAUUGGGUUGAGUCGCCGACCGGGAAGCCAAAGACCCCUGGUAGCAGCAAGAGUGGCAACGGUGCUCUUACCAUGGGUAAGGUGCGCUCGAGUCCUCGACGAGCGACCGAUAGCAAAAGCGAAACCACUAAGGGCGUUAGGAAGAUUAGCGGCAGGAUUGGCAGUGCCGGAUGCUCCACAAGAGUCAAAUAGAUGCUGUAAAAAGGUUCAGUCGACUUCAAGUCUGGUGACCCCCAUUUAUGCCUCAUGACUUUGCGAUUCCAUUCAGCAUUUUUAUUCAUGGUUGCUUGCUUCGAUUUGUGAAUUCGCCGGUGAAAGCGUCUCACCGGCAUGCACUGUGCAUCUUCAACGGCUGUGCCCGGUUUCACAAUUUUGUUUCUGUCCUGUGGUUUGUCGGGACUCGAGGUCUUUGGUUUGGGAAGAGUUUAAUACGGCGUUCUUGGAUUGCAUCUUGCUGGCCGCCUGGCGAUCCAGAAAACUCGGUUGCAAUUGGAU